AUGUCGACUGCAUCUCAAGCCUCUGAGGGGGUCCUAGUUACACAAGAGCCUGCUGGAUUUAAUUUCUUCGUUUCUUGUGUCACAAAAGUCCAGCACGCACCACCCGCACCUCUUCAAAGCCGUAUCGUACAACGACUCAAGCCUUCUCAAACACUCACGCCUCCAAAGACUCUUGGAUCACUUGUCAAAAGAUAUCAACAGCCUCACCUUUCGUGUCAGACUGAUGAAAACUGGCUUACGCGCACCUCUCCUGUCGGAAAAAAGCCACUGGAAUCAUACCAUGCACCCUCACCCUCGGUUGUCGACGAUCUCACCAAAGAAUCAGUUAUCCACCAUGAAUAUCUCACACUCUUCCAGCCUCUUUUGGUGCCUACCUGCAAGUUUAGAAGUCAAGACUCCAAAAGUCACGAAAGACCGGAACAAGAAGGUCAAAAGCCUCUCACAAAUGAAGGACUCCAGUGCCAAUGGAUGGCAUACCGCCUUGCCGCCCAGCGAUUUAACCAAAAGAUUCAAAACGCCUCACUUGCGAAUCCCACGGCCUUUGCUUUUACAGUCAAGGUCUUUAGCGAACCAGAUCCUCCCAUUAUACCUUCGUAUGAAUAG